CGCGACGCCCGCACUUCGCGCAUCAAGCGCCACACUUGCCCAGUUUUCGGCUCUCUGGCGUUUGGAGCCCCAAACAACCUUCAAGCGACGCUUCGGUGGACAUCAGGAAUACACUUGAUGCACCAUGAGUUUGUUUGGAGCAAACUCUGGGUUUGGCGCAGGAGGCACAGGAGUGUUUGGAAGCACGACGACAGACAGCCAUAAUCCCAUGAAGGAUGUUGAAGUGACCUCGCCUCCUGAUGACAGUAUCAGUUGUUUGGCCUUCAGUCCCCCCACCAUGCCAGGAAACUUCCUCAUUGGAGGCUCCUGGGCGAACGACGUCCGCUGCUGGGAGGUACAGGAUAAUGGACAGACUGUCCCCAAAGCCCAGCAGAUGCACACAGGUCCGGUACUGGAUACAUGCUGGAGCGAUGAUGGGAGCAAAGUAUUCACUGCUUCCUGUGACAAGACGGCUAAGAUGUGGGAUCUCAACAGCAAUCAAGCAAUGCAGAUCGCGCAGCAUGAUGGCCCAAUUAAAGCCAUCCACUGGAUAAAGGCUCCUAACUACAGCUGCAUCAUGACCGGCAGCUGGGACAAAACACUGAAGUUUUGGGACACCCGCUCACCCAAUCCCAUGAUGUCGCUGCAGAUGCCAGAGAGAUGCUAUUGUGCAGAUGUUGUCUACCCCAUGGCAGUGGUAGCAACAGCAGAACGAGGUCUCAUCGUGUACCAGCUGGAGAAUCAGCCGUCUGAGUUUCGCAGAAUAGACUCUCCUCUCAAACAUCAGCACCGCUGUGUCGCCAUAUUCAAGGACAAGCAGAAUAAGCCCACAGGAUUUGCACUGGGGAGCAUUGAGGGCCGAGUGGCAAUUCAUUACAUCAAUCCUCCUAAUCCAGCCAAAGAUAACUUCACCUUCAAGUGCCACCGGUCCAAUGGAACCAACACCACCACUCCGCAGGACAUCUACGCUGUGAACGCCAUUUCCUUCCACCCUGUCCACGGCACGCUGGCCACCGUGGGCUCAGACGGACGCUUCAGCUUCUGGGACAAAGACGCCCGCACGAAGUUGAAGACCUCGGAGCAGCUGGACCAGCCCAUCACAGCCUGCUGUUUCAACCACAACGGCAACAUCUUUGCAUAUGCUUCCAGCUACGACUGGUCGAAGGGCCACGAGUACUACAACCCCCAGAAAAAGAACUACAUCUUCUUGAGGAACGCUGCCGAGGAGCUGAAGCCUCGGAACAAGAAAUGAUUCAUCGUGCCAAGUCGCAUCUCUUGUGGGAAAAUGCAGAAGACCUGCUGCUUUAGUGUGUGUGUACGCUCAAGACAGACUCCUUCCUUUCGGCAGACACCUGGACCAAUGCUGUGGUGCUGUGUUCUGUGCAUGGACCAAUCAGAGGGGCCUACCCACCCUGGCGUUGAUGACAGCUGCAUGACAAUUGGUCUGAGAGGUCAUCAUAGAAAGGGAGGGAUGUAUUUGUUCAUCAUGUUUUUUUAAUGUGUCCAGUUGUUUUGUUUUCUUGGUUUUUGGUUUUUUUUUUUUUUUUGGUUUUUUUUUUACAGCGAGCCGAAGACUUUUCAUUCACUGUUCAGUUGCUGUUGAGCGUCAUCAGUAAACUGGGUGUAUACAAAUAAAUCUGCAUAUUAGCUUUGAACAUGUUUAUUCUAACUUGAAGGGGGGGGGGGGUACUGAAAUUGAAUAAAACCAGAAUGUUUGCUGUAUAAAUGUUAGUGGGGGAGAUU